CUUCAAACUACAGAUCUUUUAUCAAGAGACGAUAUUGAUGUUCAUGCCAUGUAAUUAAAAUGUGGAUGGUGGUGUCUUAUAGUCGUGUAUUGCUCAAUCCAUGCGUCGCUGUCUUUCGUGCAUCUCAGGAACAUCAACACAUACUACCCGAAACGGAAACUAGAUUCGACUGAUGCGCACUUCAAGUUACACACAAUCAUGGUGCUUUUGACCUCCUCAACAGUCUCAGUUAUCAUCUCCACCGGCGUGAUCUGCCUAUUUACUCUUCUCCUUUUUCUGUCCGGCUACGUCCUUCAGCAGCAGUCCGUCAGAAGCAUCCAGAGUGCUCUUCGACCUCCCGGGGUUCCAGACCCGAUCACCGGCCAUGGAUCAGCAGCGUCGUCGUUUCAAAAAAGGGAGCAAAGUCUUCUGUCUGAUCUGAUUCCUGAGAAGCAGCGAAACCAUGUCGCUCAUCUUGUGCAGCCUGGAGCAAAAGGCAACUACGCAUAUCUGCAACUCCUGUCCUCCCCCAAUCCAUCCGAUAUCUGCUCCGCAAUCCUCUUCUUCAAACAACUCGCCACAAACGGCACAGCAAUUAAUGACCGAUUGUUCAUGUACCCCCGAGAAUGGGAUCUGCUGUCAUCAGACGAGGUCCCGCACUCCGUCACAACAGCUCUUUCUCUGCUACGAGCGGCAAGCAUCAAGUACAACAUCUGGCUUCUCCCUAUCGACAUGACGGCAGCCACAUCCGCAGGCUACGAACCGACAGAUACAAAGCUUCUUCGCCUAGGCCAGAUCCAGUUUAUGCAGUACGACAGUGUACUGUAUGUUCGAACACCGGGUCUGUUGCUCGAUACUGGCAAGCUAGACGAGAUGCUCCUCUCCCGGCCAUUGCCCCUGAAAUAUGACAAGAAUCGUCUCGAGUCCUUCAAUAAUGAAGCGUGGAUUCCCAUGCCUCUUAGGGCGGACCGUGAUGCCGUUCUUCCGCCAGUGUACCUGAUCACGGUCAACAACGUGAAGAACGGACAGAUUGAGGCGCGAGGCCAUAUCCCUAACGUGGCUCUCCCGGGAUUUGGAGGUCUGGUUACCAGUCCCAGGGGUGUUCACUCACCUGAGGACAAGGGUAAUGAACCUGAUAAUGAGCCAGGGUAUGUCUUCUUUGAGCAGGAUAAGGAAGGCCAUGUUCAGUGGGCGCAGAAUCCGUUGUUCGGUGCCUGGAGAGCACAGCAACACGAGGUUUGCGAAGGCGUCGACUUUGAUGAAAUCACUCAUGAUCAUGAUUAGCGACAUUUUUUCUUAUGAUAGUUCUCGUGACCACCUUGCGUGCUCUUGGUUUGGUUCUUGGAAGGUGUUUGGGUAUAUUUACAGUUUGUGGCGCCGUUAUUUUGGGAAAGUAGGAGCGUCCUACCCUACUUACAUAUAUAUUUAUACACGAAUGCAAAUACGAAAUAUCUCAUCA